UGCUCCUAACGUUCCCGUCCUAAUGGCCACGUCUGCGUUCCCCGGCUACCCCGCGCCCGCGUCCCCUGCCCCGGCGCCGUCAGGUCCCUCGACGCAUGUGCCGAGUUACUUGACACCCGUCGCGCCGCUGGUGCACGCGUACAACCGGUUCGCUCACUGGCGUACUGCGCUCGACCUCCCCAGCCCUGGAACGGCCGAGAAUCUACAGAAGGAAGUCAAGAACACUCACUUGACGAACUUCUUCUUUGAUGGCGCCCGUGCCGACCUCACCAAGAGCUUGUCAAUGAACCCCGCCUUCCAAUGUACACAUUCGUUCGCAAUGGGCUCGCAAACAGCACCGCCGUCGUACAACUUCGGUACCGUGUUUGCUAGCAAUGACAUUUUCCUGCAAGGCGGUGUUGACAAUGAGGGCAACGUUAACGCACGGUUUAACAAGGGAUGGUCAGACAGCAGCAUUACGAAGGUGCAGGGCCAGUUGUCCUUCACCGAAGGCCACAGCAUGCUUCAACUGGAGCAAGACUACCAAGGGAAGGACUUCAGCGCGAAUGUCAAGGCGCUCAACCCCUCCCCGGCAGACCUCACCGGAAUCUACGUCGGCAACUACCUCCAGUCCGUCUCGAAAAACAUCGCCGUCGGCUUCGAGUCCGUUCUACAGCGCCCGGCUCCGGGUAUGGUCGAGCUCACGACGUCCUACCUCGGCAAGUACACGUCCGCGGACCGGAGCUGGAUUGCGACCGCGCAGGUGCAGCCGCCUGGCGUGAUCCAGGCAACGUACUGGCAGAAGCUGAGCGAGAAGCUCGACGUCGCGGCGGACCUCCAGGUUGUGGCCGCCCCGACACGGCGUGACGCGGUCGCCACGCUUGGCGCCAAGUGGGACUUGCGCGCGAGCACGUUCCGUGCGCAGCUCGAUUCGACGGGCAAGGUCUCCGCACUGCUCGAGCAGCGGUUCUCGCCCGCGCUGGCUAUCCUGUUCGCGGGUGAGAUAGAUCACUUCAAGAACGCGAGCAAGUUCGGUGUCGGUGUGAUGGUCGAGUCGUCGUCGUUGACACCAGAGGAGAUGGGCAUGCCUCCACAACCCGGUUACCCAUACACGCCCCCGCCGUACUGAUGCAUACAUACAUUAUAGCCGCUUAAUACAUACAAUGCUCUCGCACUUCGCUGUCUAGAAUUCAUCAUGGUUGAAAUCCCUGCUCU